UGUGUCUUCACGUUCCUGAUUCGAGUUUGCGUGUGUUGUCUUCUCAAAAAUAUAUGACGACCUUCAGCCAUGCGAUUCAGCCCACAGGAAUCUUCCCGAUCCACACGGACAUGAGACGGAUGAAGAUAGUGUCAACAUGUCUCUCCAAGACAGAAAGUCUAGAGGACCAAACAGACCAAACCCCAAACCUAAAGAUAAGGAGCUUCUUGAUCUCAAGAGGCUUUUAUCGCUGAUCACAGCUCCGGUGUCCGAACGGGUUUCAUCUCUGAACCGGUCCAAGGGACGAAAGGACUCCUCGAACGUUCACGAUCGCCGCAAAAUUGGAAACGGCGAAGCAUCACUGCUGGAUAACUUUAGCGUGACUUACAGAAAUCAGAGGUGUUUUAGUGACCGGCCACAUCGCAGACUGUUCCUGGACAUCUUCACUGCCUUGAUCGAUAACAGACUCGGUUACAGGAACUGGCUGGAAAAUUCCUCCUCGGACAACAUCCUGAGAGUUUUAAACUGCUUGAGGUUGUUGAUCAGGGAUCCUCUUCACCAGAAAGUCUUCUUUGAACUCCAGGGUGCCGUGCAGUUCGCUCAGCACAUGGAGUCGGUCGCGACCGUCUAUCUCGAAUGCAGAGAACAGACGCUGGAAAUCGAGCAGCUGGUUGCAAUGACAUAUGUGUUUCAGAAGUUGGCUUCUGUUGAGGAGCAAAGGCGGUGGAUUAUUAAUUGUGGCGCGCAUAAGACCCUGGUGAAGCUGCUCUCUACCCGGGACAGUAGUGUGGUAUUAGGAUCUCUGCUGGCUCUCACCACACUGGCUGAAAGUCAAGAAUGCAAAGAGAAGAUCGGAGAGCUCUCUCUCGUGGAGAAUCUUCUAGUUUUUUUACAAGAGUAUGACGUGUUUUCGAAAAGGUUGAGCGCGGAGCUGCUGCGGUUGCUGUGCUCGGUGCAGUGUGUCAGGGAUCAGGUGCGUCAGUGUGACGGGCUGCCGGUGCUGCUCAGUCUCCUUCACUCGGAGCACGUGAAGCUGCUGUGGAGCUCCGUGUGGGUUCUGGUGCAGCUGUGUCAGGAUCCCGACACCAGCGCUGAGAUCCGGGCGUGGGGCGGCGUGCAACAGCUGCUGCGCAUCUUACACGGAGAACGAGUGUACGUGUCCGACCACUCCACGAUAGAAACUCUUUCCAGCGCCAACGCAGCGGGCAGGAUACACAGACAGCACGUGCCAGCGGAGGCGAGCCCCCAAGAGACGGCCGAGAACACCAUCAAUCUGCAGGCAGCAUGCUGUGCAGCGAUCACUGAGCUUGUUUUGGACGACACAACAGCACAUAACGUGGUCCAGGUAGUCACUUCUCUCUGUCACCUGCUCCUCUUCGAUCAGAAACAUCAAUUGGCAUUUUUCCCGUCUUUAUACAGUCCGCAUGCUACGAUUCUGUUUCAGGAGAAUGGUGUGUACAUAAUUGGCAAACUGAUUUUGCCACAAAACCUUCAAGAUCCUCAGGCAAAAUCCUUACAGUGUUAUGCUUUCAGGGCCCUACGUUUCCUUUUUAGCAUGGAACGCAAUAGACAUCACUUUAAAAGACUAUUUCCUCCAGAGUUGUUUGAGAUGUUUAUAGAUGUCGGGCACUACGUAAGAGACAUUACCGCAUAUGAGCCGUUGCAGGAGAAAAUGGCCGUCUUAUCGGAGGAGGAAUUGGAUGUUCUCAGGGAAAGCAUGGAGACGGUGAACCAGAACCGACCUCCUCUGAGAGUGAUCAAUGGUUAUGCGGUUUUGGACCAUCUGGGCAGCGGCGCAUUUGGCAGCGUCUUUAAGGUCCGUAAGCAGAGCGGACAGAACAUUCUGGCGCUGAAGGAGGUGAACUUUCACAAUCCGGCCUUUGGCAAAGACAAGCGAUCCAGAGACAGCAGCGCGGAGAAGAUUGUGUCUGAGCUGACCAUCAUUAAAGAGCAGAUGUCUCAUCCGAACAUUGUAAAAUACUUCAAAACAUUUUUAGAAGCUGAUAAGCUCUAUAUCGUGAUGGAGCUCAUAGAAGGAGCUCCUCUGGCUGAGCAUUUCAGCUCUCUCAAAGAAAAGCGGCAGACGUUCACCGAGGAGAGAGUCUGGAACAUUUUCAUACAGAUCUGUCUGGCUCUGAGAUACUUGCACAAGGAGAAACGGAUCGUCCACCGAGAUCUCACACCCAAUAACAUCAUGCUCGGAGAGAGAGAUAAAGUCACUAUUACUGACUUUGGUCUUGCGAAACAGAAACAGGAGAACAGUAAGCUGACGUCAGUGGUCGGGACGAUACUGUACUGCUGUCCAGAGAUCGUGAAGAACGAGCCGUACGGCGAGAAGGCAGACGUUUGGGCCGCGGGCUGCAUCCUCUAUCAGAUGGUCACCCUCACGCCUCCGUUCUACAGCGCAAACAUGCUCUCGCUCGCUACCAAGAUUGUGGAAGCGGUCUAUGAGCCAGUACAAGACAAAGCCUUCUCUGAGAGAGUGACUCACAUGAUUAAAUGGUGCUUGACUCCAAACGCAGACGAGCGUCCGGACAUCAUCGAGGUCAGCUCCGGGAUUUCAGAUGUAAUGAUGAAGUUUGUGGACAAUCUCUGCGCCUCCUAUAAUUCACUGGAGAAAAGGGCAGAACGAGACAGGAAGAGAGCGCAGAAGUACUUCCUGGAGAGCAACAGGACCAGGAUGUGGGGCCCGAUGCAGCCGAGUGCCAUCCUCGAAGAACAAGAUGCAACCCGGGAUGCAACUCAGAGAUCGGAAACUUCUGCAUCGAUUUCAGAACAAAAUCCAAGUCAAGAAACGCCUGGGAAUGUCGCUUUAAAAUCUCCCGAUGAGCUGAACACGCUCAGCGGCGCGGAUUGCCAAAAAGCGAAAGCACGGCCAGCAUCGGCGGGAAUUUAUUUAUCUCAGAGAAAAGUUCGACAGAUCGACGAUCCCAACCAAAGGCUUCUCGAACUUCUGCAUAAGAUUAUAUUCAUAACUCAGCUCCCUCCUGCUCCACAAAACAGCUUGAAGCAGCGGGCCGUCGAGCGCUUCAAGAAGCCUCUUUUCACGUACGGAAGCGAUCCGUACAAUCUGAAGGUGGAGCUCAAUAAGGUUCUUCAAGGAAGCCAGGAGCUGGUGGAGAUGUCUUCAGCCAGCAGAGAGUGGUGGUCCAUGAUUCAGUCUCUGAGUUCAGAGCCAUCCACUGCAGAAACCCGCGGAGGGGAAUCAGGUUACACCAGUCUUCAAGAUGGACUCACCUAUGAGGACAUGCAGAGUAUGGUGGAGGACGUGCUGGAGGAGAAAGGCUAUUACAGCGCGGCUCCCGGCAGAAGUGACGUGGAUUCGGGAGCGGGAACCAGACGAACUCAAUCCCCGUGACCCGGCCCCCCUCCAGCGGCGCUCGCGUCUGCCCCGGCGACAGCCUCUCAGGUCAACCUGACAAUAAUCACAUUAUGAAUCAUAAGCUGAUUACGUGCGUAUGAACCACACGUGCUGCUGUCUGGAGUAUAUUAGAUUGCAACGAUAGCCGGGGGCUCGCACACGACGAUUUACCUCGUUUGACUCCGUGCACUUUACCGCGUGUGAUUUCCCUUGCUGUGUUUUUACCGAUUCACGCGAAACAGACCUUUGAAUGAAAUAUAGUUUCAAUAUAAAAUAGCACUUUCGUUUUUGAUGACCGAAUGAACGUACAGCUUCUACCCACGUCAAAAGCGGUGGGAAUAGAUUGAACAAAAUAUAAAGAGCGUUUAUGUGUGAUGUGUGUGGUAUAAUGACAUUGUUUUCUAUGUUUUAUGCACAUUCAGCGGUGUGCAGGGGCCUCGUCUAUUAAAUGUUGUGCAGAAACUAUCCUGAAAUCGCACAUGAAAUGCACACCAUCAUCAUAAUUCACGUCAAAGACGGUUUUCAUAAAUAAGCUUUAUGAGGCCCCUGAAGCCCGAGAGCACUAGAAAAUCAUUCAUUGUUUUUGUCAAUCCUGCAAAUAAAAAAUUAAAAAUA